AGCAGCUCGUAGACGAGGACAAAGUUGUUCUUAACGGCCUCCUCAUCAAACUUGCCGAAAUAACCCUUCCCUAGGGCGAUGAGGCGAUAGAGAAACUCAAAGACCAAGGCGGCAUUGGCGUUGCUCUUGGUGAUGGCCACCAGGUAGAUGUUCUCGUGCCUGACAUGGCUAAAGGUGGUGCUCCCCAGCGUCAGGAUCGGCGACCGGACUUGGGGGUUAGAGAUGACCUGGAUGCGGAAGACGUCGGCGAGGCGAGGGCGGCAGUCGUUGCGAAAGGCUCGGAAGAUGAGGUUCUCGCCUUUUUGGUUGAAGACGAGGAUGCCGGAGAGCAUCUUUGCCUAGGCCCUGGAAGGGUGUGAGACCACCGGGGGGGGGUCUCACAGGAACGGGGACGGGGACGGGGACGGGGACGGGGACGGGGACGGGGACGGGGACGGGGAGGGGGAGGGAGACGGGAGACCGGGAAGCCGAGGUUUAGGCGGGGAGGAAAAAUGUAUCGGCAUCUGACCGAGAGGACCGGCAAGACGUGGUGGGCGGCGCCGGGAGGGGUGGAGGCGGGUUAUUCGUGCAUCGAAGCCGUUGUCGUCUCGUUCGGUCGGUCGGUCGGUCGGUCAGCUGUCAGGGGGGAGGAGAUUCUGCCGCGACUCGAGGUGGGGUCACAUGAUUUGGCUUGUCGGAGCACAAACCCCAACCAUCUGCCGAGCCAUCCAAGAGAAAUGUCGCGAUUCUGCAUUUCGGCCUCUUUCCCCUCUUUCCCACUCUCCGUUGAUUCCCCGUCUUCCCCAAUUCGCCCAUCCACUCUUUCAGACUUUCUGCUUACAUAUACCCAUUUUAUGACCAUGUCUUCUGUUCAUGUAGACACGAGUGCCAUAUUCUUGGCGCUCAGUUACCGCGCCUUCGCCCCCGUCGUCCAAAUGAGAGACGAAGCGAAGAAGCCAGUGGAUGAUGCGGAGGAUCAUUAUCCUUGUCUCUACUUGAUCGUCAAGCUUGUCCGUCUCGAUGCACUUGGCCAUGUCGACUCGGCGACUCUCGAGCCACGUCGUUAUGGCAUUGCUUUGCCCACUUUCAAUCAAUACGAAAUGAACCCUUGCCAAAUUAGGAAAAAGAGACCAUCUGAGGCUCCCUCCACUCCAACCACGUCCAGCUUUACAACGUAUAACGUACUCGAGUGCAUCGAUGUGAGUACGACCAAUGUUACCAUUUUCUAUCGUACCGGCAUUCGGCCAGGCGCCACUGCUUCAAUCAGCUCCGAGAAUGUGACCCUGAAGAAAUGA